AUGCCGACAAGCACACCUUUCCACACCAGCACAAGCAACACUCAAGCAGAUGAAACAGGCGUCGAUACUGAAGUGAAUGAUGAAACUGAUGACGAAGCACAAGAGGAUGUAGAAGAUGGGCAAUUAGAAAUCAUGGUACCUAAGCCACUAGAGUUCGACAGCGACGGCGACUCGGGAGACGAUGGCGCGGCGGCUCCGGUGAUCGGGGAGGAAGGAGGAGUGGCCGAGGCGGUGCGGCGGAGCGAGGGCGUCGUCGGGGUGGUCUUGGUGGAGCUCGGGGGCGACUGGAGCGGCGGGGACGAGGCGGUGCAGAGCCCGGUGCUCUGCAGCUCCGGCGAGCGGCGAACGAGCUCAGGGGCGACGGCUUCGGGGGCUCCUGGACAGGGAGAUGAUGUCAAUGAGGUGGUCACUGAAUAUUUUGACGAGCACAACCACAAACACAUAAAGAAGUUUGACCUGGUAAAAUUUCUGACCGCCCACAGAGGAUUCACCCCCCUCGAGAAGAAAUUCAUAAAGCUGCUACAUGAUUGUAAUGUCGGUCCAUCAAGAAUGGUCCAGAUACUGUCCCUCAUCCACAGCAAAAAUGGGACUCUGAGUAGCAUACCCUACAUACCAACAGACGUCACAAACCUAAAGGCAAAGUACCAUAGAGAGAGCAGGUUGGCUGACAUAGAAGACACGAUAGCCUACUUCGAUGAGAAAGCGAAAGAAGAUCCAGAUUUCUUCUACAGGAUAAUAUUGGACGGUGAGGACUGUGUCAGGAACAUGUAUUGGGUGGAUGGUGCGGCAAGAAGAGCCUACAAAAAUUUCCAAGAUUGCAUUUCAUUCGACGCGACAUAUCUCACUAAUAUGUACAAGAUGCCAUGCACUCCAUUCAUAGGAAUAAAUAACCACAAUCAGUCAUUGCAGUUCGGAUGCGGGCUCGUUCGGAACGAAGACACGGAUGGGUACACUUGGUUGUCCAAGACCUUGGAGUGCAUGGGUGGACUUGCUCCGAUGAACAUAAUAACAAACCAGGAUUUUAGCAUGCGUGCAAGCAUAGAGGAGGUCUUUCCAUUGGCAGUGCACAGGCACUGCAGGUGGCACAUUAUAAAGAAGGCUGAGGAGACGCUAGGACCUUUCUUUGCUGACCGUCCAGAGAUGCACAAGGCAUUCGAGCUGUGCGUGGACCACAGCUUGACGGUGGAGGAGUUUGAAAGGAGCUGGAUGGCUAUGAUUGAAACAUAUCAAACUACGCAGCGCAGCGAGGGGUUCAAUGCUGUUCUGAAGCGGUACGUGAGCCCUGGCAACUCAUUGCUGCAGUUUGCCAAGCAAUACACGGUUUUGCAACAAAAAAUAUUGGGAUCAGAGCUACAGCAAGAAGCAAACACCGCGCUCAAGCAGCCUAAAUUGCUAACAUAUUUACCAAUGGAGAGGCAGAUGAGCAAGACAUAUACCAACAAGAUUUUUAAGAAGUCAGUGUGUGUUACAGUCUUAUUUGCACAAGCAUGA